UGGAGUAGUUAUGAACCAGUACGCCAUUCUUUGCGGGUAGGAAGUUACAGGUCACAGGCCACUCGACACCCAUACAAACCGAUUCAAAACGACGUCUAUCUCCACCAUCCUUUUUUCAUCGCUCGGAAAUCGAUUGGCAUAUUGAAAUUUGAAAUCGAUUCAACGGAUCUUAUUUCAUAAAAGUAAUCAUAGGGGUUUUUUGCAACUUCCUCGCAGAUCUUCCUCAUGAGUCUUAGUAAAAUUGAGAACCAAGGUUCCACCACAGACAACUUCGAUGCUAUUUCAGACAGAGAAAUUUUCGAGCUUUCAGGUCCCUUACACCUCACUACCAUUGACUGGACUAAUCCGGAUCACCGAAGAUCUGUUGCAGCAUGUUUAGUUCAAGGCGUAUAUAUCAUAGAACGAGACCGCCAGGAAAACCGCCAGCCGCCACUUGCACCGCCAUGGUGGCAGUUCUUCAACUUUGACUUACACAGUCAACUCAUCGAUGAUGCUGACUCAUGCAUCUUCGGUGCUAUCUACAAAUUCAAAAAUCCAAUUUCAGAAUCAACCCCAUCUUACAUCAUCGCGUUUCGUGGCACAUUAACAAAAGGCAACGCCUUGUCACGAGACUUAGAACUCGACAUCCACAUCAUAAAAAACGGAUUACAUCAAACAUCAAGGUUCGAAAUCGCCAUGCAAGCAGUCAAAAACUUGGUAUCCGGUCAAACAUCAAAGUCAAACAUAUGGUUGACCGGUCAUUCAUUAGGAUCCGCCAUGGCUUUACUUGCGGGAAAGAAAAUGGCAAAAUCCGGGAUCUUGCUUGAUUCGUAUCUUUUCAAUCCACCAUUCUUUUCGGCCCCACUUGAGAAUAUUAAGGAUCAAAAUCUGAAACAUGGGAUUCGGAUUGCUAGCAGUUUCUUGACAGCUGGACUUGCUGUUGCUGCACAGAUCAGGAACACGAAUCAACAAAGAAACAAUAAUACGCCAGAAGAUUCGUUUCUUGCAUUGGCGGGGUGGGUCCCGUGUUUGUAUGUGAAUCCAGGGGAUCAUAUUUGUUCAGAGUAUAUUGGGUAUUUUGAACAUAGGAAAAAGAUGGAGGAGAUAGGAGCUGGUGGGAUUGAAAAGCUGGCAACUCAGCAUUCUAUUUCUGGUGUUUUUUUUAAUGCAAUUGGGAAAGAAUCUCAUGAACCACUUCAUCUUCUUCCUUCAGCGAAUCUGACCAUUAAUUUGACUCCUGCUGUUGAUUUCAAGGAAGCUCAUGGGAUUCAUCAAUGGUGGAUAAGUAAUCAGAAGCUGGAGACUAGAGUCUACAGUUGAGUAUCUAUCGUCUUAAAAAUGGUGUUUUUUAAAAUUUGUUUUACCUAUUUCUUAGGUCAAACAUGUUGGCUUUUGUUUAUAUAAUCUUGAUUGACCAUGUUUUUAGAUUUGAACACAAAAUUCACUUAGAAAUUCAAUAUCACACAUUUGUGUUGACC